ACAACUUCCGGAGGGAGGCGGAAGAACCCCUCGGCGCUACAUUUUCGGGGAAUCCCGGGGAUCGCUGAGCGGGGCGCCAAACGGGGUACAGGAAGGGGCCGCCGCGGAGGGCUGGCCGCCCUCGGGGUGUCGGGGCCGUGGGUCUGAGCGAUGAGGAGGGACCAUGGCCAGCGACGGGGCCAGGAAGCAGUUCUGGAAGCGCGGCAGCAGCAAAGUCCCGGGCAGCAUCCAGCACGUGUAUGGCGCUCAGCACCCACCCUUCGACCCCCUGGUCCAUGGCACCUUGCUCAAGGCCACGCCCAAGGUGCCAACCACGCCGGUCAAGGCCAAGCGAGUCAGCACCUUCCAGGAGUUUGAGAGCAACACCAGCGACGCCUGGGACGCCGGCGAGGAUGACGACGAGCUCCUGGCCAUGGCGGCGGAGAGCCUCAACACCGCGGUCGUCAUGGAGACGGCCCACCGCGUGCUGCGCAACCACAGUCAGCAGCAGGGGCGCUCCCGGCCACCCGGGGCCCCGGAGCCCCCGGCGGAGCCUCCCGCGGCCCCCGGCGGCGACCUCCGGCUGGUGAAGUCCAUCAGCGAGAGCCACGCAUCCUGUCCCGAAGGAAGUGCCAGUGAUGCCGCCCCCUUGCAGAGGUCCCAGUCUCUCCCGCACGCGGCCACCGUGGUGCUGGGCGGGGCGCCCGAGCCCAGUGCCCUCAGCAGCUCGGCCUUAAGUGAAAGAGAGGCCUCCCGGCUGGACAAGUUCAAGCAACUGCUUGCGGGCCCCAACACAGACCUCGAGGAGCUCAGGAAGCUGAGCUGGUCCGGGAUCCCCAAGCCUGUCCGUGCCAUCACGUGGAAGCUGCUCUCAGGUUACCUUCCUGCCAAUGUAGACCGAAGACCAGCCACUCUCCAAAGGAAACAGAAAGAAUAUUUUGCUUUUAUUGAUCACUAUUACGAUUCCAGGAAUGAUGAGGUUCACCAGGAUACCUAUAGACAGAUCCACAUAGACAUCCCUCGAAUGAGUCCCGAAGCGUUGAUACUUCAGCCCAAAGUGACAGAGAUUUUUGAGAGGAUACUGUUCAUAUGGGCCAUACGUCAUCCUGCCAGCGGAUAUGUUCAGGGGAUAAAUGACCUUGUCACGCCCUUCUUUGUGGUCUUCAUCUGCGAGUACAUAGAUGACGAGGAGGCGGACUCCGCCAACAUCUCCCGGGUGCCCGAGGAUGCACUGCGCAACGUGGAGGCCGACACGUACUGGUGCAUGAGCCGGCUGCUGGACGGCAUCCAGGACAACUAUACAUUCGCCCAACCCGGAAUUCAGAUGAAAGUGAAGAUGCUGGAAGAGCUCGUGAGCCGCAUUGACGAGCAAGUGCACCGGCACCUGGGUCAGCACGAGGUGCGGUACCUGCAGUUCACCUUCCGCUGGAUGAACAACCUGCUGACGCGGGAGCUGCCCCUGCGCUGCACCGUGCGCCUGUGGGACACCUACCAGUCGGAACCCGAGGGCUUCGCCAAUUUCCACCUGUACGUGUGCGCUGCCUUUCUUGUGAGAUGGAGGAAAGAAAUACUGGAAGAAAGAGAUUUUCAAGAGCUGCUGCUCUUCCUUCAGAACCUGCCCACCGCCCACUGGGGUGACGAGGACGUCAGCCUGCUGUUGGCCGAGGCCUACCGCCUCAAGUUCGCCUUCGCGGACGCCCCCAAUCACUACAAGAAGUGAGGCGAGCGCACCGCAGCGGGCCUCCCACGCCGGGCAGCACCCCCGCCGCCGGCUGCAGGCCCCGGCCGGGGAGGAGAGGGCUUGCUGGAACCGCCCGCCGAGACGAGGCGCCGGCCUCAGUCAAGCCUGGUGAGGGCGGGUGGCCUCCGCCUCCCGAGAUACCAAAGAGACCGGGGGGUGGGGUGGCUGGCCGCAGGGCCCCGGGGGCCAGCACCCCGCCCCCCACCCUGGAGCGCCCUUGCCAAACGCCCACCACGUGGCACCCCCGCCCAGGGCAGCCUGGGAGGCAGCCCCCCUCAGAGGCCUGCUGUCCGGGCGCUGGGGGCAGAGGGAGGUGGCAGCUGCCUCCUACCUGCUUGGAAAUUUAAAACUUCUGUUGAGUGACGAGAAUAAAGUACAGACAAAGCUGUCGAGUGAGACGUUGCACUGAGCCACGAAACCUCUCUGCCCUCCCCGGCCUCGGCCUCAGGCGGGCUCCUACAGCUUGGUCGCUUCACUGGGCCGCGUGCCCGCUUUCUUGGUAUAAACUUGGCUAGAAAGCCGACGGCGAGCCCCGGGGGGACUCUGGCUGCAGCCGCCAGCUGCCCGGAGCAGAGAGAGGCUCCGAGUUGCCUUACUUUGCACCCAUGACCUCUGGAAGGAGGGAACCAGCCCGGGCAGUCUGCCGUGGAGCCCAUGCGGGCGGGAGCCCCUCCGCGGGGCAGCGUCAGUGUUGGCCGGCACUCAGGCUCCCCUGGGCCCAUGGACAGGCGGGUGUAGCCGCUCCUGCCCCGCGAUCAGGGCCCUAAAGGACGCCGCCCCUCCUGCACCCCGCGGGGCUGGAGCAGCCCGAGCCCCUCCCCGUGCCGUGUGUCCGGGUGCAAGUGGACUUGAUCCGCUGGUCGUGGGGCCCAGCUGCAGACCGGCCCGCCCAGCCCGCCCGUUUUGCUCCCCACAGCUUCUCUGCCUGAGCUGGGGAGGACCCAGCAGGGUCACAUGGCCCCUGGCUCCCUGGACACCCCCGUGGGGCCCUGGGCCACAGCUACAGCUCCGACCCCCGGGUAGGCCCCCAACCUCAGCGGCCACUUCUGCCACCAGACUCCCGUCCGCUUGCAGCAUCUCUUUCCCGUCACAUGCCAGCCCUUGGGGUGGGGGGUCAGCCAGGACGCCGCCCCGUCUUUGCACAGCAGCUGAGGAUCAGGCCACACAGAUACACAUGUGUGAUGGUGCGGGUUCCUGGGUCGUUCACGUGCGUGGAAGUCAGCACAAAAUAUCGUGCAAAUGUCAGAAGCCCCCAGGUCAGCCGGGAGACCCGCUAGCCUUAGGCCAGAGAGCAGCCCCUGCCCCAGCAUCAGCUCCCACAGCCCUGGCCCACUGCUGCCCUCCUGCCGGGCACCCAGUUCCAGGGAGAGCCCCCCUGCUUUGCACAGGAAGCCCGUCCUGCUUAGACCCCGGGCCCUGCCCACCGCACUCAGAUCGUCCUUGAGGCCAAAACGCUGGGCACACGGAAGCUGUGCGUGCUCUUGGCAGUGGCUUGUUUUUCAAAUAGGAGGAAUCUGCGCGGUUCAGUGAGGCCCUGCGCUUGUUUUCACAUGUCUGUAAACCUGAAGCUGAACGUGAGGGGUGUUGGUGGGGGUCCUUGGAGUCUGAGCCAACCAAUCUGAGGGGAUUAAAGACUGUUCUUUCUGGAAUACAAGGUGUGAAACAUGGAAUAAACGU